CCCAAUCAUCUCAAUCCAUCUAAUCCACCCAAUCCAACAUCAGAUGAACUUCAUAUAUUUUUUAUCCUCUACCAAUAAAUCCCCUGGCAUUUCCCCUGACGGAUUGAUAACACAUGUCUCGCUGCUUUCCACGAGAUUGGUGAUAUUAUUAUACAAAUUAAAUCAAUCUUAUACCAUAAAUUAUCAAUGAAACACUCAAGCGGCGGUGAGAUUGCAACCAUGGUUGGCUACAGCUACAGUCUUUCGUCAGGAAAAAUGGGAGAGAAAAUCACCACCAUUCCAUCGCCAUUGGUCAAUAGCAAGUGCUGAGUUCUGUCCUGAGCUUUAAUUCAAGCUUCUUGAUCCACAAAUACUAAUAUACCUUGAAUUAUGGAGGGGCGGUCGACCCAUACAAUCCAUAAUCUGGAACCAUGCACUAUCAUUCUGUGUACCGUUCAAAUACUUCCUCGUUUCUCAAAAUUCCAUUCGUUCUUCUUUCUUCUCUACCAGCUUUCGAAGUAUCUCACCUUCAGUCUCUCUUUCUUCAAAGACCUGCUCUUACCACAAUCUCUUGGCUGUGCCAUCUUUACGUUCUAUUUGUACAUCAAAGAAUAUAUCAGUAGGCCAGAUCCUCCAAAAAAAGAUUAUCGAAAAUCAUACCUCAACAAAAAUGAAGUGCAACGCCAUCAUCCUCGCCAGCUUCGCGCUCGGCCAAUCAGUCAUGGCAUCAAACAUCCAUCGUCCUGGAGGCCAGUAAGUACAAUCUAACAUUCAUAUUCAAUCUUUACAAUCUGCUAAUCGUGAAUAGCUUCCAAAUUCAAGCCUUCAAUGGAACAGCUCCCCCCUUCCCAUCUGGAACUGGCCACGCAUCUGGUUUCCCUCGCCCAAGCGGAAAACCAUCCCACACCCACACCAAGUCCAAGAAGCCUUGCAAGACCAAGUCAUCCUCCGCGGUUGCAUCUUCUGGCGCAGCAACUUCUGCUGCAGCGUCUUCUGUGGCAGCAACUUCCGGCGCAGCAACCUCUGCUGCAGCGUCUUCUGCUGCAGCGUCUUCUGCUGCAGCCACUAGCUCCGAAGCUCCUGUUGUCACUGUUACUCCACAACCUGCAACUUCCAUUCCAGAAGCUUCAACCUCCACAGCCGCCGCUGUCCCAACAACUUUGAAGAUUUCUGAUGUAGACACCUCAUCAACAUUCAUUGCUCCAUCCUCUUCAAAGGCCCCAGCAAGUUCUCUUCCACCAUACCCAACAACCUUUUCCACUGGUGCUUCCCCAACCAUUGCUUCUACCGGUUUCGCCUCUGGAACUGGUGCUGCUGCUUACCCAACAAGCUCUUUGGUCGCUGCUUACUACCGAUGUGGAGGAAUUGGUUACACUGGAUCGACCACCUGUGUUGAGGGUACCUACUGCAAAGUUCAGAACCCAUACUACUCCCAAUGUAUCUACGAGGAGUCUUAUUUCUACUAGGUCGGUGGAUUGGAAAAGUAAGUUGGUGGAGUUGACAGUAGGCGCGAUAGAGUUCGGAUCACCUUGAUGGUUGAUAGUGUGGAGGUUCACUUCUUUUUCUAUCUUAGGAUAGCCUUUAACAAAUAUAAACGAUUUUUCAUCAUAA